CCGUUGUUAAAAACAACGAUGUUUUUACCUUUAUUUAGCUUAUUAGGCGCUACAGCAGCUAGCUCACUCACGUAUCAGCAGCGUUUAGCCUAUGCUGGCGAUGACGGUGUGAACAUUGCGUUCAAUACCAAAGGAAACAAUACAUUACAUAGUACACCAACGGUGUUUUAUGGCACAUCAAAGGAUGAUUUAACUAUGCAAGCACAAGGGCUUAGCUCAAUCUACCAGACUUCUCUCUCAACGACACACAAAGUCAAGCUGAGAAAUCUCAACCCAGAUACACGCUACUUCUACCAAACCUGCUUAGAUAUCAACAAUGAAUGCCCUCGUUCUGAUGUUCUCUCAUUUAAGACUACAGUUCCAGCAGGUGACCAACGUGAAUUCAAAUUCGCCGUUUUGGGUGAUAUGGGUGUUAUGGGACCUUUAGGGUUAUCAACAGAGGCUCCAUCAAAAGUAGAAGACUACGCUAGGUUAGACGAAGGAGAACGCUCAACUAUGAAAGCGCUUAUCGACAACAAGGAUAAGUACCAAUUUAUAGUCCAUAAUGGUGAUCACGCCUAUGCGGAUGAUGCAGGAAAGGAAAUCACUGCUGGAUACAUCGAAGACAUCCCAGAUGAACCACUUCUUCAGCAAAUGAGCCAAACUUAUGAGUUAAUCUUGGAGACUUACUUUAAUCAAACUUCACAAUUUGCCAGUAGUACCCCAUACAUGGUUGGAGUGGGUAACCAUGAGCAAUUACUUACUGAAGGCAAAGAAUACACCGAUCCAGAGACUGGUGAGAAGAUCUUGAUCGAUGAUAUACCAAAAGGACAAAGAAAUUUCGCAUUUUACAAAGAUCGUUAUUUCAUGCCUGGUGACGAGAGCGGUGGAUUGGACAACUUCUGGUGGAGUAUUGAAACUGGUCCACUUAAGUACAUCCAAAUCAACACCGAAACAGAUUUAGGCGAAGGUGUAAAAUCACCUGAUGAGAAACAGGAUCCAGCUCAAGUGAACCAGGGUGAACCCAAUCAACAAAUCAAAUGGCUUGAAGAUCAACUGAAGAAUGUUGACCGUGAUGUCACACCAUGGGUCGUCGUAGCUGGACACAGACCGUGGUAUGGUUCAUUAGACGAUUGUGAGGGAUGUGCCGACAUUUUUGACCCUCUUUUUACAAAAUACAAUGUUGAUUUGGUUUUACAUGGUCAUAUUCACCUUUACGAAAGAUUAGCACCAAUAUCUGGUGGUAAAAAGGAUAACAACGGACUUAACAAUCCAAAGGCACCUUGGUAUAUCAUCUCAGGUGCAGCUGGUCAUUAUGACGGAUUGGACGAGAUGCCAGAUGAAAUUAACGAGAAUUCUGAGAAGAUCAUUCAAGGCGAAUUCGGUUAUGAUGAGAUCACUAUUCAUAACCGUACACACCUUACUCAUGCUUUUAUCGCGUCAAAGAACGAUACUUUGUUUGAUGUUCAAACUCUCUACAAGGCUCAUAAAUUUAAUUAAAACACGCUAUAAUAGCUUCAUAUAGAUAUACGGAUUAUUUGGACUUUACUACUUAUUUUUUUUUUCUUUAUUUAGGAUCGAUUAUUUUUGUUACACACUUCG